CAGAUAUCGCUUAGUCUACAUAAAUUUUGGCGUAGCAGAUUAGAGCCUGUGAAUUGAUCAUGAUUGGUUUAAAAGAAGGAUUUAUUAUAUAAUAUUUACAUCACAUGAGUGUAUUUCCUAUUGGCAACUUUCGAUUUCAAAAACAAAAAUAAACUCGUUUUACGCUUGCACGGUAUGUAAGCAGAGUAAUCUCGAUAAUGGGAAAUAACAAGUCAAAAGGCGGCCGAGGUGAAACCUCAAAGGUCGAAGACGAAACUCUAAAAGAAGUUGAAAAAGAAGUAAACGACUGGUCGCAAACGAUUAAGAGUAUUAAGAAAAACCAAGGUGGCGAAGGGACUAACAUAUGUGAAGGUGACUUAUAUCGUCGGAUGACCAACACUGCAAGGAAGAUAAAUGAUUAUAUGAGCAAUGAGGUUAAGACAGGCGAGGCUGGCUUGCAUUCAAGCGAACAUGUUAAAUUGAAACAUGAAAUAGGGCCAUGGAAUCCGACCUCAUCUUUUAAAAGAACACUUAGCGAAGAUGGAGCUUGUUCUAGUCAAGAUCGAGAAGAAAACGUGAAUCCAAGGUAUUUGAUUGCGCAAAUUGAGUUUCUUAAAGCAGACAGAGAUAAAAUGAGGAACAGUAUUAAACGUCUUAAGGAGGAUAUUUCAAAACAAAAUAUUUCAGACGUAAAUGAGAAACAAGUAAACGCAAGUCCCAUUGACAAUAAAAACAAGACAAAGCAGCAGCUCAAACAGACUGAAGAAGGACUUCGGCAAGAAAAUGCAAGACUGAGUGAUGAACUGGAAUCCCAAUAUACUAUAAUUCAAACAUUACAACAAGACGUAAGGAAACGCCUGGAUGAACAAGCGCACACACACAGAGCGAACAUUCGGGAUCUCCAGGCAGAGAACGACCAAUUAAGGAUGCGGCUAAGCAAAUUGGCAGGUGAUAAGCUGACAAAAGACAACCCGAACAUAGCUGACCUGAGCGAUCGGAACCGGCCGACGAAGCUUGGCGAGAUGUACAGUGAGCUGUAUGACAACGAGUGGACGGAUGCGUUUGAGGGUCUGACAAAAGGUGGCGGCUACAAAGAUGAGGAAGCAAUCAAGGCUCUGCGUAAAACAUUGGAUAGCGCCUACACGUUUUGUGUGAGAAAUUCAAACGAGUUGGUUGCCAAGAUGGAAGCGGUCGCAGAGGAGUUGUUUGAAGACAUAACAAGACGAUGGCAUAGUCUUACACUUCCACAGUCUCCACUUGGUCGUGUAACAAAUCCACUGCUUGCACUUGAGGAUCAUUUCAUCGAGAGACACUGGAAACCUAAACAACGCAAGGAAGCACAGACGGACUGGAACAGGCAAACGUUGGUUCCACCUACACACAUGGGACAAGAAUUGAUUAAAAUGCGGAAAGGUGUCGCCGUCUCAAUGGUUCCUGUCGUGCAACAUGCAUAUUUACGAGACAGAUGGGACAAGGAAUGCAUUAAAUCACUUAAACCUUUCAUUAAGAAGUCCCUCUUCAUCUGCUGGAUGAUGGUGGUUCAAACUCCUCCAAUGGUUUUUGACAGUACAACCAAACCCGAUUUGCGUUUUGAUGCAUUGUUGUACAGGCAAUACACAGCGAGUGGAGACACCAUAGAGUACGUGGUUUGGCCUGCGAUGCUUCUUCAUGAAAAAGGACCCCUUGUUCUGAAAGGUGUUGCGCAGCCAAAGAAGCGUGUGUAGUUGAUAUUUUCUACGUUCAAGUACUUUCGUUGGAGUAUCCAAGACAUCGUUUACCUUUGAUGUUAUGUAUUGAUUAAGAAACGAUAGGAUUAUAUAAACAGAAGGUGUUGUGUCUCAGGCUUUGAUUCUAUCUGACGCCUUUAAACAAUAUCAUACGUGUCCCUUUAGGCUUCAUUGUAUUAUAAUCAUUGUAUCAAAGACAAGUAACUUGUCGCUUACCAUGAAAGCAUACUAAUAUGAUAUAGAGGAUAUUUGUUGAAUUAAGUGUAAGAUCGUAUUUUAUUUCACUCGUGGUCACAGAAAAAUAAUAUUUUCACGAGUGGCGUAUGAAUUCAACAAAAACAAUUCAACAAAUUUUCUUUUUAUUUUAUGCAUAUAUCGUGUGUUUUUUUCAAUUUAUUUCCCCGCUAGGGUAAAUUUCUGAGGCCUCUUUGCGAAGGGAAGUAACUGCGGCAUAAUCGCUAUGUGAAAGUUACCUCCUCUUCGCGCGAACAGUCCGUCAACUAAAAAUAAUUCCACACUUUAUGGAAAUGGUUGUUGAUAUCGAAAUUAUUUUAGAUAAAACCCUACUUCCAUCAACGAAACCUAUCAUUUUUAACAUUUAUUAAGGCACAAAACAAGUAUUUAAACAAAAGCAUUUCGGAAAUAAAUAAAAACAAUCUAUCGCGUAGAAAUACAAUUCAAUGAAACUUGGGUAUGUGACAUUUUUGUACAUUCAAAAACAAUUUCAACAGAUUUAAAUUAACAAUGAUGGACUUUUACAAGUGUGUUUUCGUGAAAGCAACGGAAGUCUUUGUUUAGUGUUUUUCGUAGUGUGUAUCUUGUCACUGUCGCUCUCAGACUCUGGAUCUUACGGUAUUUUUUCGGGGUGAAUUCAUGCUCAGUCAGUGCAGCCGAAGAAUGUUUUGUUGUUGAGACAGCGAAUUAAUUUCAUAGCUAUUAAAAUUGAAUGCCACGUUCCCGUGUGUUUACGAAGACCCCAGAGGAAAUGUCAAGGAUGUGCCCGAAGAUGCUUCUGAGAGGGAUGCAGCGCAGACUUUGAAAGUUUUUAAAAAGAAAAAUGAAUUGUUGAACUGAUGAAUGUAAACUGGAAAUUGCACGUGGCCAAGUAAAUAUUCAACCGAUACCUACCAAGCAGGUUAAUUGUAACAGUAUGUUCCAUGAAAAAGUUCAUACAUAAAUUGGUAAGCUUGUUCUUUUUUAAUAGAAUUUUACAAUCAAUCGCAAAAAAAAUGUUUGUUUUAUUAAAACUAUUGCAUAAUUUGAUUUUGACAAUUUAAUAAGAUUCGGUCAAUGUGUAUAGUACAGCAAUAAAGACAACAAACAUGUACUUGUGACAUACAUGUAUUUUUUCAAAGUCAAGGGAAGCAAAUAUUAUAAAAGAUGGAAAAAAUAGUCCCGAGUUGUCUGUAUAGAGUGGAAUGAGCAAGGGUUAUCAUUUCACUCGAGCCAGAGUGAAAUGAUCAAGUUAUCAAUCACUAAUAUUUUUCACUCUUUCACCGGUUUGCGUGAAAUAAACGCAUUAUACGCAAUAUUGCCAAUUUCAUUUCUGCGAAAUGUUUUUAAUCUGUGUUUUAGUUUUAAAGAAAUGGGAAUCUG